GCAAAACCGGCAGCCUUGUGUCUCGCAGUGCAUUGCUGCCUGGUUUCACAGUGGCACCGGAGCCUGAGUCGACCCUGGCCAAUUGCUUUGCACCGCUGCGCUUUGCUCUGCUCUUGGACCUCCUGCCCUACGGCUGGGCUACAUCGGGGACAUCUGGGACGCUCCUGCGGAGCUCUUUGGUGUCUUGCGGUUGGUGGCAGCCUUUUGGGCACCGCAAUCUGACCUUUGCUGGCUACUACGUGGACCUCCUUGACUUCCUGCGGAUUUGCUUGGUGGGUGCAUUUGCGCUGUGGCUUUUGGCACCUUUUUGCACGUGCUUGGACCUCGAGCUCUACUUCUUAAAGACCUUUGAGACCCUCGGGCCUUGCACCUUUUACCUUGCCGAGCUCUUUGUGACUGAGUAUAACAACCUUUUUGGGUUCCUCUACUUCUUGCUGGCGGCCUUGCUGGGCCUUUUUGCAUUGUUGGUAUCGCAAUGGCUGACGAUGAGAAGGGCAGAGAUGAAUUGGUGGAUGGCUAGCCUGGACACCGAGUCUUGCAAAAAGUACAAUGUGGCAGCUCGCUGGGCGCUUCGCCAAUAUGGCGUAGUGCGUGCCCGUUGCGAGGAGUUUGAACCUGAUGAGCUGCUGGGAACACCAGCAGACACUAUGGUCACUGAAGAUGGUGAAACAGUUGAGCGUGUGGCAGCUGACCCCUUCGCUGGACUCAAGAAGCUGAUGGCGGCCCUUGAGACUUCAGUUGGAAAGACGCUGCUGGACCGACGUGGUGAACUACGUGCUCAAUUUUACCAAGAUCUUCGACGUUCACCUGGUGAGCCCAUCACUGCCUUUUGCACGAGGUUCAGGACACUUGCAUCUGAGCUGAAACGUGAGGGCAUCACCUUGCCUGAUGGUGAACUUGGUUGGUUUUUGAAAGAUCGAAUGGGCCUGGACUCCAUUCGAAAGCAGUUGCUGGACACUGCACUGGGAGCUCAAGAGGGCUAUGACUUGGUGGAGUCUGAAGCGCUGAGGCUUUUCAGGGAUCUUCACACUGCAGAUCCGCUUCACCGACGUCCUCCUGACCGACCCCCAUUGUUGCAACGGUUUUUGAGCAGUUCGCAGCAGUCUGGACACAGUGGUCGCACCUCAGUGCCGUCCAGCGGCAGCUCGCAUGCUUCGACAUUCCGAUCUUUCAGAUCGGCAUCUUCCAAUAACUCUGCAAAGCCUAGUGGUUUCAGCAAGCCUUUUCAGACUGCUCCACGACAAGCUAUGGUGGCUGAAGGUGUGGAGGAAGAUGAACCUGAAGAAGAAGAACUUCUGCCAGCAGACGACCAAACACAGUCGGCACCGGCAUCGCUGGAAGAGGUUUUGCAAGCUGAGGCCGAAGUUUUGGCAUCAGAGCUUCAGCAACUGGAAGAUGAAGGUUCAGUGGAACCUCAAUUGCUUGAGGAGUUGGAGAACGGUGUGGAAGCAGCGGCUGAAUCCCUUGUUACCAUGCGUGAAGCUCGAAGCCGCAUUGCGGAAGUUCGCAAAGACCGUGGCUUCGGAAAAGCAGGAACAGGAAAGGGCAAUUUCAAGCCCAAGCUGCAUGGCAAUCAGGACUCUGCAAAGAAGGCCACAACCAAAUGUUGGGAUUGCGGAGAAAGCGGACACUGGGGCGGAGACCCACAGUGCAGACGUCCCGGCGCCGGUCUUUACAAACCUAAGGGCCAAGGAAACCUCAGUGGACCGACAAAACAUGUCAAAAUGGUUGAAGCCUUGAACACGGAGCAUGCCAUAGAAGUGGUUGACAGUGGCAUCAAGCCUGAAGAUGCCCACGAAGUCAUGGCCUGCUCAACCCGGAGCCUUUCCUUGCCUGAAGUUUUAGACUAUGUGAAUGAAUCCAAUGCGGCGCAGACCCAAGUGCUUUCUUUGGAUAAAAGGAUGAUUGGUGCGUUGGACAGUGCUUGCAACCGCACCUGCAGUGGGAACGUUUGGUUGAAUCACUAUUUGAAAUCCCUCGAGAAAGCCCCAAAGGAGAUCAAGGACCUCAUCAAAGCAUCCCCUGAAAGUGAAGUUUUUCGUUUUGGCAAUGGUGGUAGCAAAACAAGUUUCAUGAGAUACCGUUUGCCAAUGAUGGUUGGUUCCUCUCUUUUGACGGUUUGGGUUUCAGUAGUUGAUGUGCCAAGCCUUGGACUUUUACUUGGCAGAGACUUCCUGGAUGCAAUUGGCGCUGUUUUGAGUUUCUCUCGCAAGAUGCUGCGGGCAGAUCUCUUGGAUGCCUCUCUGGUGCCCUUGCGCCAAAUUGCUGCAGGUCACUUCGCCUUGCGUCUGGCGCCACCAACAUGGACUUUGCCAGGUGCGCUCAGAUGGCGGCGAACUGGGUUAGAUGGUGUUGUAGAAGUUGAAGUUUCCCCUGAAGAAUGGUUGAAACGCAAACUCAGUGCUCAUGCCAUACAUGCCAAGCCUGAACAUGAGCAUCUUGUCACAGAACAAGGGGAACAAGCUGCAGACUUGGUGCAUUCUGGUUUGGUGGUGCAGCCUGCGAAUGAUGCCGCUUCGCUGCUUUUGGCUCGUCCGGCUCAAGCCAUGCGCUCUUCAACGAGCUUCAGAUCUACGACAACCUCCUCUCCUGAGUCUUCUGCUGACCGAGCCCUACGACCAGAUGGAACCAGAAAGCCCAGUCAACGUGUCAAGGGUGAUCUUGCUCCGCUGGAAAAGAAUGUGGCUGCGACUGGCAAGCCGCGCAGCAUGGCACGUUCAUGGAAUGCUCUUGUGGUUGCUGCAGCGGCCGCAUCUGCGGUUCUUGCCGGUGCCCUACCCCAGUGUGAUCACCAUAGACCAGUGGCUUUUGCAAAGCGAGCAGAUGGGAAGCAACAUGGAAUUUCGCUUCCGCAGCUGGCCAAGACGAUGGACUUCGAAGGCCUCAAGAUGACCUUCUUGGAGGACCCCUUGCUCAUGGGCAUGAUGGCUGCUCGACAAGUCAAAGGAGCAGCAGCUGCGAUGCGAAAAGCCGCCUUGCAAGAAGCCCAAGCACAAGCAAAGAAAACCGAAGAGCGUGGUCAGAAGACCGAAGCAAUCAGGCAGCUGAUUGGACCAAAGGGUGGACUUCCAACUCUCAAGGCCGAUCUUCUCCGGCUGGCGGCUCUGCUCCACAUCAUUGUCCCCGAGAAGGCGACUGUGGAGGACCUCAAGGCCCUGUGCAGGCCCUUGGUGAACGAGCUCAAGAUGGAUUCAAAGCAGCCUGCAUCUACAGUGGCAGCCAGCGGAAGCAGUUCCAGUGGCCUCACCGUGGAGCCCAAAGCCAAGAUGAAAGCUCCACCACCUGGAAUGAAGCGGCCUGGGAUGGACAUCACCGAAAGAGAAGUGGUGCAAAACACCCACGAUAUGCAAGUGCUCCUGGCGAACCAGGAGGAGCGCUUUCAAGCGAUGCUGACCCAAGUGAUGCAACAUGUCAUGCACAUGGCCAACAACCAGUUUCGAGCCACUCCUGGCGAGCUGGAAACUCCAGAUGCUCCCAUGGGUCAAAGCCAAGAAUUGACCCCAGAACAAGAGUACCAGAUCCGACUGGCAGCUGCCGGAGACCUUCAAGUGGAAAACUACAUGAGGCCUGGACUUUCUCAGCAGAUUGCACAAGCUUGGGAGCGGCAUGAAAGAGACAGACGUUUGGUUUCAAGAAGCACCAAAGAGGUUGAAGCUGUGAUGGACUUCGAAUGGGAGAGCAAUUUGAUGGACUUCAUGAAUGAAACUUUUGUGACAACAAUUGACCUUGCUCAUCCCCAGCUUCGUGAUCCUCUGGUGCAAGAGAUUUUCACUGCUACGCAGCGGGUGACCCUUGAAGCUCAAAAACGUGGGCACCUCACUGGCGAUCCACUUUCUUUGGAAUCUGGUUGGGACUUUAUGAAAGCCCUUGAUCGCCGUGCAGCCUAUGCCAAGGUCAAGCGCGAGAAGCCCUACUUUUUGGUUUUGGCCUAUCCCUGCGGACCUUGGAGCCCACUGCAAAGGCUCAACCCUGCUGCUGAUCUUCCUGAGAAACGUGAAGCCCAUCGAGAACUCAUCAGAUUUGCUCUUUCUUUGGCGCGCCUGCAACUGCGCAAUGGCCGUCACUUCAUCCUUGAGAACCCGGUUGGCUCAGAAUCCUGGAGUUUGCCGGAAAUCAUCAAGUUCUUGGAGGAAGAAGAGGCAAAGCUGGCACGUUUUGACCAGUGCAGAUUCAACUUGCGAUCUGCUGAUGGGUGGCUUCACAAGAAGGCAACACAAGUGGCAACCAGCAGUGAGGCAGUUCGUUCUCACCUUGAUCAAGUUCGAUGCACAGGCGAUCACCUUCAUCAGCCUGUCAUUGGUGGUUCCAAGAUCACUGCAAGAGCUGGGCAUUACCCUGGUCAACUUGCCAAGACCAUGGUGUUGGCUAUGGAGGAGGAAUUUGAGCGGCAGUUCAGCCCCAAGCCCAAAGAAGCUCUGGCUGUGGAAGAUGGAGGUGGUGAUGAAAUUUCAGGUGAUGAAGAAGAACGACUAGCCCCUGGAGUUGAUGCUCCCUCUUCCUCGGAAGAUGGUCAGCCUGAUGGACUUGGACUUGAAAAGGCUGCCAUCUCUCCAGCCGUGAAGCAGGCAAUCAAACGCCUUCACGAGAACACGGGGCAUAGAUCAAACAAGAGGCUGGCACGUGCUCUAGCUCUGAGCGGAGCACCACCUGAAGUGGUGAAGGCUGCACGCCUCCACAAGUGCAGCGUGUGCCAAGAAAUGAGAGCUCCAAAGGCCAGAAGGCCUGCAUCUCUUCCAACACCUCGAGAUGUCUCAGACCAAGUCCACAUCGACAUCUUUGAAGGGUACGAUCUGGCAGAGCAACGAUUUUACAUCGUGCACGUGAUCGACCACUGCUCAAGAUUUCAACUUGCAGAAGUGCUGCCAGACAAGAGCUCCGCCUCAGUGAUCAAGUUCAUGAAGAAGCGCUGGUUUCCCAUUUUUGGAGCACCGAGAGUUCUUGUUGCUGAUCAAGGACGUGAAUUUGUGUCAUGGGAGUUUGAGCAACUUUGCUCAGAGAAUGCAAUUCUCCUCUGGCACUGUGCAGUUCAAGCGCCUUGGCAGAAUGGUCUAUGUGAACGCGGCGGUGGCAUCAUCAAAGCUCUUUUGCACUCCAUCGUCAAAAGCCAAAGCGUCACUGGCAAGGAAGAUAUGGACUUAGCCUUGCAAGAGGCCAUCACUGCCUACAACGGCGAUGUGAAUGAACUUGGUGUUUCGCCAGCACAAGCGGCACUGGGCAGACAGCCCCGCCUUCAAGGCGAUGUUCUUGGUGACUUUGGUCAACGGGUCGCUGAGCAUGGACUUGUUGACUCACGCCCAAGUUUGGCCAGACAGGUGGCAAUGCGAGAAACAGCCAGAGUGGCGAAGGCAAGACUCCACUUUUCAAGAGGCCUACGCCGAGCCUUGCUGAGCAGGUCACGAAAUACCACGGUGACUCAACCUCUUGAACCUGGAUCCAUUGUGUACUACUUCAGGCAGACCAAGUACAACAACAAGACUGCUGGAUCCCGAAAGAAGUUGAGCCUGCGUCGCUGGCAUGGUCCUGCAUUGCUGGUGGCAAACGAAGGUGAUGUGAAUUGUUUUCUUUCACACAAGGGUCAAUUGACCAAAUGUGCCCGAGAACAUGUGCGCUUGGCAAGCACCAUGGAGCAGAUUGCCGCCGAAACUUGGCGUGAUGCAAUUGAUGAAGUUGUCGAAGCAGCUCAACAUGAUCAAGCUCUACGACAACGAGCUCAAGCUCAACCUCCUGAAGCAGUUGCGAAUGCUGAGGACUCUGAAGCAGUUCAAGCUGAACCUGCGGCAUCAGUGGCUCCUGUUUUUCCACAACAAGCUCAACAAGCAGCAAGUGCGCCUACCGAUUUACCACCGGUAGCUCCGCAAGAAUUUGCACAAGCCUUGCGACCUGCGCAUGAUGGUGGAACAACAGCAGCUCCCACAGUGGCAUCUUCCAUGCCGCCAUCUGUGGCAUCCUCCAGAAGGACAACGCUGCGAAGCAGAUCUCCUGUGCCUGAAGCGGUGCUUCGAGCUGGUUUGAUGGCUCAUCCGACAACGGCUCCUGCGGCCUUGUCUCCUGCUACGCCUGUGGCACCUGCAGCACCGAAAACGCCUUCAGCACCUGCGACACCUCGACUUGGUCGCGCUGUGGAGCGAGCAAAGGAGAUGACUGCGGAUCCUGUUGCUGGAAAACGAGAAGCUGAAAUGACUCUGGAUGAGCUAGCCAGAACGCUCACCCCGAAAGCUUCUUCUACGGCAAGUGGUUCCAAGAAGCCUUUUGAUGCGUUGGUUUUGUCUCAUGAUGAGGUGAAAGAAGUUCAAGCGGCACUCCAACAAGAUGAUCUUCACCCUCUGAGACGCCUUUUCCUUGAAGCUGCAGCUGAGGAAUCAAAUCCUAUGGACUUUGAAUGUGAAGAUCGUGGCACUUGGAAAGGUUCAUGGCCCCUUCCUUCAAGAUCUCAACUGCAAGCCAUGAAAGCAGUUGGAACUAUGUUGCCACGAGGAGAACAAGAAGCUAUGGCCGUGCAGACAGCCCGCAAAGAGUACAAGUGGCGUGACAUGACGCCUGAGGCCAAAGCUGAGUUCCGUGAAGCUGCACAGAAGGGUUGGCAAACAUGGGUUGACAAUGAUGCAGUUGAAGUGCUGAGCCCUGAUGAGGCAAAGCGUAUCAGAGAGAACCUCAAGCAGAGCAACAAAUCCCAUUUGAUCCUGCACCCCCGCUAUGUCUACACUGACAAGAACGAUGGCCUGCGUACUGAGGAGCGACAGCUUCCUUUGAAGGCAUCUGCAAGACUGGUGGUGCCGGGAUACAAAGAUGUUUCAGCAUAUGAAGUUCGAAAGGACGCCCCAACGGCAUCCAGGACAUCAGUCCAUUUGCUUUUGGUUUUCACAGCCUCCAAGGGUUGGCACCUUUUGAGCGCAGAUGUGAAAGCAGCAUUUUUGAAAGGUGAGUUGUUUUUGGAUGGUGAACGCAUCCUCUACAUCGAGAACCUCAGCACCAAUGACCCGACAGAGCCUGGUCUUCCUCUUGGCGCUGGUGGUUUAGCUCGCCUCAAGAAGGGCAUUUUUGGUUUGAGUGACAGUCCAAGAAGGUGGUACCUUCGAUUGCACAAGUCCCUCACAGCCUUGGGAUGGAAACGUUCAUCCAUUGACUCUGCCCUUUGGAUGCUUUGGUCGCCCACUGGUGAAUGCGAAGGCAUGAUUUGCAGUCAUGUUGAUGAUUUGCUGUUUGGUGGAAACGACAGGGCGAAGCAACUUUUGCUGAAGCUGGGAGAAGAACUUGGCUAUGGAAGUUUGGAGGAGAAAAGCUUUCACUACUGUGGCAAGCUGAUCAAGCAGCAUGGCGACGGAAGCAUUUCAGUUUCCAUGGAGGAGUACCACUCCAAUUUGAAGCCGUUGGUGAUUGCAGAAAACCGGCGAAAGACGCCAGAAGCAACAUUGACACCUGCUGAGCAUAAACAGCUUAGAGCCUUGCUAGGCAGCAUGCAAUGGUUGGUGGCACAGGUCCGUUUUGACCAAGGUUUUCAACUUUGCACUCUCCAAGGAGAAUCUCCAACCAUUGGCACUAUGUUGCGUGCAAACCUUUUGCUGCGGCGCUUCAAACAGACGCCCAAGUUUGCUUUGUGGUUUCGACCUAUGAACUUGGAUGGUUGUGGCCUCCUGGGUGUUUCAGAUGCCUCUUUGGGCAACGUCCAGCGAAGUGGUGCUGCUGGAGAAGAUCCCAUGCUGAAGGUCUACAGCCAAUCAGCCUACUUGAUCCUCAUCGCGGACAAGGACUUGAUGGCUGGGCGCCCUGGCAAGUUUGCAGUGUUGGAUGCAAGAAGCCACAGGUUGACCAGAGUUUGCAGGUCAACGUAUGCGGCUGAGCUUUUGGGAGUGGAAGAAUGCUUCGACGUGGGCAUUUACCUACGUGGCUGCUUGGCGGAAGCUUUUGGACUUCCUGUGGAUGGCAAAGAUGUUUCUUCAUCGCUGUCUCAAGUGCCUUUGACAGUGGUGACUGAUGCGAAGGACGUCUUUGACAAGGGAUGUUCCGAUACUCCAAGCUAUGGGUCCCAAAAGAGCCUGGCAUUUACCGUGAGUUGGUUGAGAUCAACAUUGCGGCAGCCCCAAACGUGCUUGCGGUGGACUUCAACGCAAAACAUGAUCGUCGAUGCGCUGACGAAGGACAUGGAUGUGAGUCAUUUUCAUCACAUCCUGGAGAAAGGCGAAUGGUGCGUGAAGUUUAACCAGGACUUCAUCAAGCAGACCUCCAAGGUUGCAAAGUCCAAUGCCGUGGCCAACGAGGUGAAGGUGGGUAAGCCGAUGAGCCCUGCUGAUCCCCUACUGAGCCGGCUUGCGAGGCUGAGUGAGAGUCCCGGUUGGCACCAACAAGAUGGUGUGGUAGUGCACGUGGCUCGAAACGCCAGAGCCCUUAGGACUCCCAAGCCCAGACAUGAUCCUGAGGAGUUUAGUCUCAGGAGCUCAUAUGGUAGGUUUGACCUGAAAGAUGGCAGUGCCGAAUGGAGGCAGCUCGAACAAAACGUGAGCUAUGGAGACCUCCCGUACAGCUGCACUGGCCUGAUUGGGCAAACAGCGAAUGUGUUGGUGACCUUCUUCCGGAUGCCAUCUCAUUUCAACAAAAGAAGGGAAUCUACUGAGAAAGACAUGCCAUCUCAUGGAUAG